UCAACGUAGGUAACUACAUGUUGCCAAACAGACCAGACGCGGUAUGGCUUUACACACUACCAGACCUGUUUAAUAGAUUUGCAGUGCGCGAUAAAUAAUUAGCUCGUGCUAGCUGCAUGUGCUCGUCCAUUGUGUAAUAUAUGGUAGGAGCGAGAUGGGAAGUUGUUCUUGGUUUAUCGUCACUCCAUAACAUUAACAAUGUCAGUAGUGACAGUCGUUAAAAUAAACGAUUAUUCACGAAUUCAGCCAGGUGAUGGUACAUAGAGACAGAAAUGUUAACGAGAAACGAUAAGGAAACGAAUGGCUUGUCAAUGUUACAGUAAGAUGUAAACAUUACCUUUACGUACCGAAACAACAUAGUUAUUAAUAAAUCGAGUGCCAGGUACCAGGAGGAGUUUCCAGCCAUGGAGGAUACAGCACCAGACACAGCAAAAAGACGAGCGCUGCCACCGUUUCCAAAGAGGGUCUGGAGACAGACUUGGAUAAAGACAUUGAGGACUCUGAUUUAGGUGUCCAUAGUUGUGAGUUUUGUGGGACCAGUUUUGAAUCCAGACGAGGUCUCUCCAGUCAUGCCCGGUAUCAUCUCAGGCAGCUGGGAGUGGCUGUGUCCGACAGUAGUGGAGCUCCUAUAGACCUCCUGUACCAACUAAUGAAAGAAAGAGGCGGAACUCUACCCAAGCUCGAAAAACAGGUCAGCCCUGUUAAAAAAUACAAAACGAAGUCUCCCAAACUAAAAAAGAAUCCCGGGCCCAAAUUGAAGAUUAAAAUAUCCAAUCUUGUAAAGAAAAAAUAUGCCCUUUCCUCGUCUUCUCCUGUUGCUGUAAAAGGAUCGGCAGCAUCUGGCCGCUCCUGUUCGCCUUUCGCUCUGGGGAAGCCUCAUAAAGCAUCUUCAAAGAAGAUUGUAGUUUCCACUCCAUCUUCUGCCUCGUCUCUUCAUAAAGAUGUGAAAUACAAGCUCAGUGAGUGCAAUCCUUCUACCUCUCUCUCAUUGGCCUCAACCAAGCCCCUCUGGGCCCCUCAGGAAACAGAUGCCCCACUCAAUUUAGAAACGAUGAUGAAUUCUUCAGUGAGGGAUGAUGUCCAUGUUUGUGAAUUAUGUGGAGCGUGGUACGAGACCCGUAAGGGUCUCUCCAGCCACGCUCGGGCCCACCUUCGGCAGUUUGGUGUGAAUAUGGACUCUAAAUGUGCUCCCAUAGACAUGCUCCAUGAGUAUAUUCAGAGUGAAGACUUAAAGGAAAAGGCCAGUGCCGGGCAACUGGAAGGGUCAGACUUUGAGGAUUAUGCAUCAUCCUCUUCCACUCCUUCCACCUCAUCAGCCAUUAGCAAAUAUCCCCCUAUUGCCCCUCUGUCAUUCAAAGAACUGACAACACCUCCACCAAUCAAAAAGAAGAUUUCUCAGGACAUUUCAGGAAACUUGCCCUUUAGCGACAAGGUAGAAUUUAAAUCCCCUCUUUCAGCCAAAAAGCAGAAGAUUUCACUUGAUUUUUCAGGGAACAUGCCACACAGUGGCGAAGUUGAAUCGAAAGCAUCUACCUCAAAGAAAAAGAAGAUGAUUUCUCCAAGUGUUUCAGGAGUCUCGCCCCUCAGCGGUGAUGCAGAAUUGAUACCACCUCCCCCCAACAAAAAGCAGAAGAUUCCUACAGGUGUUUCAGAGGAAUUGCCUUUCAGUGAGAAAACAGAAUUGAAAUCACCUCCCUCAGUGAAGAAGCAAAAGAUUUCUCUAGAUCUUUCAGCAAGCCUGCCCCUUGGCAAAAAAUCUGAAUUUAAAUCGCUCUCUCGAGGCGAGUCAUCUAAAGAUGUCAACUGUGAAUUCUGUCACGAGAAGUUCAAGAAGAGUCAGAGCCUGGCCAGUCAUGCCCGCUAUCACCUGCGUCAGCUGGGCAUCACUGAGUGGUCCGUCAAAGGGUCUCCCAUGGCCACUCUUCGAGAGGUCAUGGCCCAACGUGGGGGAUCUCUCAGUCCCCUGGGGCCACCCUCCCUGACCCCACCUGUAUCCCCCUCUGUACCCCCUGCUGUACCCCCUCUCCUCCCAUCCCCUAAAUCUAUUACCCAACCUUCCUCUCCUCCCGUUCCUUACAAAGUUCCAAAGGCCAAGAAAGGCUCCAGGACUGUGAUCCCAAAACCAAAGGACGAGCCUGUGGAAGUUGAUAUCUCUAUCAUAGAGUCUCCUAAGCCACAAAGCAAUCCCACCAGCCCUUUAACACCUCAGUCCGACUCCAACACAGUUAAAUCACCUGGCAUCGCCCCUAAGCCCGAAAAGCAGGACCCCAAACCGUUCGUAUGCUGUGAGUACUGCGGUGAGAUGUUUGAUACUCGUAAAGCUCUAUCCUGUCACGCACGUGGUCACUUACGACAACUGGGAGCAAGGUGGUCCCUGAAAGUCCCACCAAUAGAGGCCCUGUAUGAGCUCAUGAGGCGGGAGGGCACCGAACGGGCAUCCCAAAUCAAAUCAGAACCUGCGUCAAGGGCAGCAGCGCCGUGGAAAAAAACAGCAUCUUCACCUCAGACAUUACCUCUGUCACCAGGGGAAAAAGAAAAACCUGCCUCAGACAGCAUGUCUACAGGCUGUGAUGCCACCUGUGAACUUUGCGGCUUUGAUUUUGAGAAUCGAAAGGCACUGGCCAGCCACGCGAGAGCCCACCUGAGGCAGCAGGGAGUGGACUGGAAGGUCAUUGGCUCUCCUAUUGAGACCCUAGCGGCCUGGAUGAAGAGAGAGCCAGGGAAGGUAGCAGAGCUCCAUAAAAGCUACAUGAGGGGGGACUUGCCUUUUGUUAAGAAGGUCUCCAGAAAAACCUCCACUCCAUACUCUUCCUCAGACUCUGAGUCCCUUCGUCUUGGUUCUCCCAAAGGUUCAUCAGCAGCUCGAGACACUGCAGGUCAGCUGCAGCUAUCCCAGUUCUGCAAAGCAACUAGAGAAAGCAAAGCGGGGAUGAGCCACUCCUCCUCAUCGCACAAAAAGCGAUCUUCGUCAUAUGAACUAUCUUCAAACAGCCUGCUCCAGAUGCCCACAGCCCGCAGCGAAUUAAACGUUCGUUCACCGCGAGGCUGUGAACGCCGACCUCCAAAGCAUUUAUCUCACUCUGAGAAUGUAUUAGAGGAAACAGAACCUUCUAAGCCUUCUCGAGCUGGAAACAUUCCAUCCUUGGUGCCUAGACCCCCAGAGACCAGCCUAGUGAAGCUUGUAGGGAAGGUGUACUCCCUUAAGUGCAGGUUUUGUGAGGAGGUGUUCCAAGGGCCGCUCUCUGUACAGGAGGAUUGGGUCAUGCAUCUACAGCAGCACAUUCUCAAGCUGAAGGAUUCAGCCUCGAGCCCCUCACCGCAGCCUGCUCUCAGUCACAGCGAAGCACCGCUGCUUAUUGGUCCUCAGGCUGUCUAAAUGCUCUUUCUGCUGUGGUCAUUCUUUUCAAAAUGAUGCAAUUACACUACACUGACUUUAUAGCUUUAUAGCCUGGACCUUGACUGUCAACUGUGAUGUGGAUUUGUUUUAAAUUUUCUAUUUUUAGACGAGUCUUGUAAGACACUACUGAAAGAGCUUGACCACGGCAUACCUGUCAAUCGUGUUUGAUUGGGUUUAUUGAAUGUAUUUAAAUUUUGUAUUGUGUUUCACUGUUCAUAAUGUGCCCUUUUUGGCAGUUGUUUUAUAUUGUACCUAAAGUUUGAAAUAGUACUUAAAAGUGUUUAGUUUUAAAUAAGGUUUUAUUGUUUUAUGAACAACGUUUUGUAGACCAGUGUUUGGUCGUUAAAAUGAAGUUAUUGUUCUUAAUACAGUGCUUAGAAUUUUGAAAACAGUGUAUCGAACCUGAAUGAAUGAUUUUGCAAUGCCGAAAGUCCAAUAAAACGGAUUUCAACAGA